AUGGCCGUCGGAGGACAAGGUUGUCGGCUAUCACGUGGGGCCGGGGACUUGUUGUCAACUUCACCAACGCUUCACCAACAACUCUCAGCAUAUUUUUCCGACUCCACGCCAUGGCUUGCGCGUUACGCCGAGCUUGUCCGCGCUCGAUGCGGCGAGCUUGGUCAGUCUUCGCGUGUGCAUGUCCACCAGGAUCAACACAGCAACAACUCCCCUCCGCGAUAUACCACGAGUGAUGUCAUGAACGCGGUUUACUUGAACUACUACACCAUCAUCAGCCGCAACCUCAAGCAACACCGCAACCGCCGCUUCAACGACGGCCACCGACACCAAUACCUGUGCCAAUGGAGGUGGACGAGAAUCACCAUGCGCGAUUCCGGCAGGCCAGCAAUCCUCAGCAGAGUCAAGCAGAAACGGCCUUGGGAGGUCAUGGAGAUGGAUGGCGGGGAGGAGAUCGACGAGUUGGACGACAGCGAAGAAGGCAAUGGGAAAACGACUGCGGAGCAUUUGGACAAAACGCGCCACGCAGCGGGGGUCAACGUAACACGAUCUAAUCGUUGUACCUCGCGACUUUAG